AUGGCCGAACCUGACGAUGUUGAGGAAGAUCUUUUCGCCGAUCUGUACGAUGCGGACGAUACUACUGUUCAGACGAAGCCUAUUGUAGAGCCUCCACAGAUGCCCGAGCCUAUCACUCCUGCUCCACAUGCCUCUGCUACCGAGCUUCGAACGCAGUAUGCGGAUCACGGCCAUGGUGAUAUCGACGCUGGUGGGUCGUAUCAAUAUUCUCAUCAGUCUGGAAACCACGCAGGCGGAGAGAACGGGGGCGCUGGUUUUGCGCAUCCUGCUGCAGCCUCGGUGGGCGAAUCCGAACCUCAAGGGACGGGAAUUAAAGAAGAUGGCGGUCACGGUCACGCAGAAGCCCUGUUUCCUUUCAUCUCAUUCCUCAUUCUCUCCCCGAUUGUCAAGAGGGUAUGCAUCAUGGCAUGGCUAUUCCCAUUUGUGUCGGCCCACUAUAUCUCAAGCAGCGCCCAAGGGAUUCUCGAAAACUAUGCCGCACUCCCGCAACAGCCACAAUCAUGA